CCCUUAGCCCCAGACCCGCGUCGGGGCCAAUUCAACGACCCUCUGCCAAAGCUCGAGCCCUGGCCCGCAGGGGCCCCCCUGGCUGCCAGCCCUCACCCCGGUUGCGAUGCGCGCCGGCCACGGGGCGCCCAGCUUCGUAAGCAGCACGUUUGGUGCUGGGGUGUCGGCUCUCUGGAGACUGGGGGCCCCGCGGGAUUGCCUAGCAGUGGCACGAGGGGAGCGCGCCCAGGGCCCAGGUGCAGGGCGAGCACUGCCUUCCCAGCUGCAGCGUAGCCCAAGUCCAGGCUGGCUGUCUUCAGUCAGGUCUUGGGUCUCAGCUGUCACGUCGCGUCAGCUACAACGCCGCAUCAAGGCUUUUGCUGACCGGCCUCUCCAAAGCCCCGAUCACUGCGGCCAGCCCAGCACCCUGGGGUGCCACGACAGCACUGAGCACCGUCUGGAACAGUUGUUUUGCUUCCUUGUUCGUCAUCUCAUCGACCUCAUGAGACAGUGGGGGCCUUGUCUAGUGCACCCCCUAUUUCAGGGACGCCAGGCCAUGGAGGGGCUGCUGCACUACAUCAACCCCGCACACGCCAUCUCUCUCCUCAGCGCCCUCAAUGAGGAGCGCCUCAAAGGGCAGCUGUGCGACGUGCUUCUGAUCGUCGGAGACCAGAAGUUCCGAGCCCACAAGAACGUCUUGGCCGCCAGCAGCGAAUACUUCCAGAGUCUGUUCACCAACAAGGAGAACGAGGCGCAGACGGUGUUCCAGCUUGACUUUUGUGAGCCAGAUGCUUUCGACAACGUCCUGAACUACAUUUACUCCUCAUCCCUGUUUGUGGAGAAGGGCAGCCUCGCGGCGGUGCAGGAGCUGGGCUACAGCCUCGGCAUCUCCUUCCUGACGAACAUCGUCUCGAAGACGCCCCAAGCGCCCUUCCCGACAUGUCCCAGCAGGAGAAGAGCGUUCCUGGAGGACGACGACAGCAGCGCUCAGCAGAGGAGCGUCAUCGUGUGUCAAGGCAGGAACGACGCGCAGGGCAAAGCCCUCAGUCAGCUCCGGCCGGAUCCCAGCCCGCCCCCCCGGCCCCCGGCCAGCGCGGCCGGCAAGCUCGGCCCCAGCAGGACCCCCGCGCCCCCGCCGGCCGAGCCACCGCUCGGGGCGCCGCUGCCUGACAAGAGCUGGCCGAAAGAGAGCCCCGGGGGCUUGGCGAAGCCCCUGGAGCAGGCCAGUUCCCUGGACGAGCCUAGCCGGGGCGGCUUGGUGAAAAGGAAUGCAGUCGUGCCGGCAAAGCCUCCGCAGGAAAGAGAGGCCGUGGACGACACGUCGGGGGCCGGGGGGCCGCUUCCCAAAGGAAAAGCGAUCGAGCUGGCGCUGAAGAGGCCACGGCCGCCGGUGCUGGCUCUCCGGAGCGCGUCGGAGACCCCCUAUCUACUGAAGGAGACGGGCAAGGGCGGCGGCGCCGGCGAGGACAGGAACCUGCUCUACUACUCCAAGCUGGGCCUGGUGGUCCCUUCCGGCGGGUCUGGCCCUGGCAGCCAGAGCAUCGACAGAAGCGGCCCGCUUGUGAAGAGUCUCCUCAGGCGGUCGCUGUCCAUGGACAGCCAGGUUCCCAUCUACUCCCCCUCCAUAGACCUGAGCUCUCCCCCGGCGGCGUCCUCGGUGGCAGCACGCGACGGGCCCGGGCGCGGGCUCUGUGCUUUCUCUCAAAAGCCGGCCUCACAAGACGGUGGCGGCAAACUGGCCCCGGACACCCGGCCCCCGGACGCCCAGCCCCACCGCCUCCGCUCCUUCAGUGCCUCUCAGUCCACAGAGAGGGAGGCCACCCCCUCAGUGGCCGAGGUCCGGGUCAAGAUGGAGCCCCGCAGCCCCCUGUCGGACCCCGCCGACAUCAUCCGGGUCACUGUGGGGGAUGCGGCCUCGGCAGCGGUCACCAGAGACCUUUCUCUGAAGGCGGAGGACGACCAGAAAGACGUGAGCAGGCUCCCGGCCAAGCGGAGGUUCCAGGCGGACCGGAGGCUGCCGGCCAAGAGGCCGAAGGUGGACGGGCUCGCGUCCCCGGCGUCUGAAGACCACUUCCAGGAGGGCCCGAGCCCCCCUCUCCUGGACGCAGAUUUUCCAGAUUCUGAUUUGAAUAAAGAUGAAUUUGGUGAGUUGGAGGGAGCGAGACCAAACAAAAAAUUUAAAUGCAAACAUUGCCUUAAGAUCUUUAGAUCAACUGCAGGCCUUCACCGGCACGUUAACAUGUACCACAACCCCGAAAAGCCCUACGCCUGUGACAUCUGUCACAAGCGCUUUCACACCAACUUCAAAGUGUGGACACACUGUCAGACCCAGCACGGCAUAGUGAAGAACCCGUCACCAGCCUGUAGUUCACAUGCCGUCUUGGAUGAGAAAUUCCAGAGAAAGCUGAUUGACAUAGUGAGAGAGCGAGAGAUUAAGAAGGCCCUGAUCCUUAAGCUGCGGCGCAGCAAGCCGGGCUUCCAGGGGCCGGGCAGCUCGCCCGCUCAAGUCAUCAAGAGGAGCUUGCGGUCGCGAGCCAAAGGCGCGUACAUUUGUACGUACUGCGGAAAAGCCUAUCGCUUUCUCUCUCAGUUCAAACAGCACAUAAAAAUGCACCCGGGAGAAAAGCCCGCCGCAGCAAGUAGAGGGGCUAAGCCGAAAGAGCAGGCUCCUCUGGAGAGCCCGCUGGGCAGCAAGGAGGUUUACCCGUGCCGCCUCUGUAAUGCUAAGCUCUCUUCUCUCCUAGAGCAAGGAAGCCACGAGCGCUUGUGCAGAAGCGCCGCCGUUUGCCCCUACUGCAGCCUUAGGUUUCUCUCGCCCGAGCUCAAGCGCGAGCACGAGACGCAGUGCGAGCACAGGAAGCUGACCUGCCUGGAGUGCAUGCGCACCUUCAAGUCGUCCUUCAGCAUCUGGCGGCACCAGGUGGAGGUGCACAACCAGAACACCAUGGCGCCCGCCGACAGCGCCUCUCUGCCCGCGCAGGACCACAACGGGGACGUGGCCGCAUCCUCCCGGCCCCCCGCCCCGCCCGAGCUCCCGAAGGCCAACCACGUGGCGGCCGCCAAGGAGGACCACGCCUUCAGCGACUCUUCGGAGCCCAUGAACUUCGACUCGGAAGAUUCCUCUUGUCUGCCCGAAGACCUCAGCCUUUCCAAGCAGCUCAAGGUCCAGGUCAAGGAGGAGCCCGCGGAGGAGGCGGAGGAGGAGGCGCCCGAGGCCAGCGCCGCCCCCAGGGAGGCCGCCGGGCCGCGCCGGGAGCCCGGCCUGUGGCCCUGUGAGAAGUGCGGCAAGACCUUCCCGGCGCACAAGCAGCUGGAGCGGCACCAGGAGCUGCUGUGCUCCGUGAAGCCCUUCAUCUGCCACGUCUGCAACAAGGCCUUCCGCACCAACUUCCGCCUCUGGAGCCACUUCCAGUCGCACAUGGCGCAGGCCGCCGACGACGCGGGCCCCAAGGACUCCGAGGGCGGCCCGGCGCCCGCCUGCUCCCCCUCGCCGCCCCCGCUGCCCCCGCCGCCCCCGCUGCCCAAGAUCCAGCCCCUGGAGCCCGACAGCCCCACGGGCCCCGCCGAGCACCCGCCGGCCGCCCCCGAGCAGCUCUUUGUGCCCCAGGAGUCAGACACGCUUUUCUACCACGCCCCGCCCCUGUCCGCCAUCACCUUCAAGAGACAGUUCAUGUGCAAGCUCUGCCACCGGACCUUCAAGACCGCCUUCAGCCUCUGGAGCCACGAGCAGACCCACAGCUAGGGCCCGCCCAGCCGCGGGGCCCCUCCAGAGCCCCCUCCCCGCGGCGCCCCUGCUGCGAGCAACGGGGUAUUUUUGAAAAGAGAAUAAUAAAGGCUGGAGCUCGUCGUGCUCGAGUGCAAGGCGGAGGUGAACGGAUACCCGGUAGUCGUGUCCUUAGUCAACGUAGAGAAACUUAAGAAAACAUGUGCUCCGGGCCUGAGCCCCCGCGACCGGCCCCCUCGCCCCCGAGCCGCGCGCGGGCCGGCCGCCUGCAUGGUCCCUCAUUCCACGGUGUCAGCGUAAUCUUUCCGUUGAGGUGGUUUGGUUUGGUCUUUUUGCCGAAGUGCAGUCAGCGAAAGGCUAGUGAGUGUCUCUUCUUUCGACUGUCUCGGACGCCUAAGUGCCAGUCGAAUCUCGGCCAUGUUCCUGAGUCCAGGCUGUACCAGGAAGACGUGGAAUAGUUUGCGGUGUUGACUUAGCGCUUAGAAUACUUUAGCAAUAAAAAAAAAAAGAGAAACCUCAACCUUAAUAAGUUAUCCUGACACUUGAGAAAAAUAAAUAUUUGGUAUUUUGUGGUCCCGUAGAACCUUUUUUGUAUGGAAAUUGUGACAGAUUUAAAUCAGCAAUAGUAAUAGUUUUUUAUAAAAUGACACACUUGCGCUCGGGUCACUUAGCUAACGACGGGAGACUAGGGAAGCGGAUGUCGCGAUUUCCGAGGCCCCGCAGCCCCGGCGUGCCCGAGCUGCCGCCUGGCGCUGAUCUGUGCGUCGAGCUCCGGCCGCACCAGCUCGGGCAGGACGUCGGCGUGUGGGCCUCUCUGAUGCUGCUCCAAACUGACAAGCUGAGUGUGUCUGGGCCAGAAAAACAAAGCUGACGAUUUGGCGCUAGUUUCGAGUUUGACAGCACGUGUGACAAACUAGGUCGGGACUCGCUCUCCUGUCAGCCCCACGCUCUGGGAGCCCGCACAGCCCCCCCGCAUCCCAGCUCCUCCCAGAGACUUGAAUGGUGAGGGGAGACGCCCCAGGCUUUUUCAAGAAUAACAUGCACAGUCCACAGGUUUCCUGCCCCCCUGUCUCGUGAUUUCGCCUAGAAGUUUUUGAAGUUGAUCGUGAUGCGACGCCGAUCUGCCCUCCGUCGCCGCUGGGCGCUUCGUACCUGGGUGUUGGAGGUCUCCGGGGGCCCAGAUGAGCUGCUGCCACUCCUUUUGGUCCAUUGGUUUUGUUUUUUUCCUAUGUUGUAUAAAUUGUAACUAAAAGCCUGUCAACGCGUGUUAUCCAGAGUUCUAUGGGGUGUUUCCAAAAGGAAAAUUUUUCUUUCCAUUGUCGGGGUGGAGGGAGGUGACAUAUAUAAAAGUAGAAAUAUCGUUGAAACACAGUCCUUUUAAGGUUCAAGAUAUGGUUUAAGGCUCCAACCUUAUUUUUUCCAAGCUAUUUUUCAAAUAAUGAAUCGCCUACUGUAAGAAAUGACUCACUGAGUAGUUAGCAUCGUGCACCUGCAGAGAAGAGCGCGUCUCCUCCCCACGUCCCGCGCGGUGGCAGGAGAGGGCGUUUCCUUCCUGCUGAAACACACGCACCUCUGAGCUCCCGGUCAACUUUGUACAGUGUGGAGACGAGAUAGGACAUUUGCCUUUUAUUCUUUCAUUCGAGAAUGAUCAGAAGUUCCAAAGUGAUUGAGUGAUUACUUCUUGGUUUUGUUCUUUCUUAGCUUUGAUGGGGAAAGGAGAAAAAAGCCAAGUUGCAGUUACUAAUUAUUGCCAUCUUUAUAUUUUCUUGAAGAAAUCUAUGCAUUUUAGAGACAAAGCUGGGGCGUGCGGCCCCACACAGGGCGGCUGCGCGCUCCUGCCAUCCGGCGUGGCGGCUCUCACCCGAACCCGGGUCUCACCUGAACCCUGGGCCUCACCUGAACGCCUGGGUCUCACCUGAACCCUGGGCCUCACCUGAACGCCUGGGUCUCAACUGAACCCUGGGCCUCACCUGAACGCCUGGGUUGCGCUCAUUUCUUCAGGAGAAGCCGCCGCCCUGGAGCUGCGUUGCCCGGGCUGCUGGCGGGGCUGGCCGCCCCGCGGUGCACAGGAUCUCAGCCGUGGGGACUCAGCGUCCGAGACUUGAACCUUCAUGCUACGUUUUUGAAGAUUUUUUAAUAAUGUUGAUCAGUAGAAACUAUUUUUGAUCUAAACAUAGGCUCUGCUUAUCUGUUAGAUUUUCAAAAUUACCAGUGUUUUGUCUUGUUAGUUGACAUUUUGUCUAGGCAAGAAACAUAAGAUUUCAAACAAUUUUGAACCAAAAACAUUUAUAAUACAGUUCUGGUUUUCUAUUACUUUUUAUACUGUACCUGUAAAAGCUUGAGGCUGAAAGAGUUUAUUUUGGUGGUCAAAAUAAUAAAGUCGGCUUCCGCUCCUCUAGCUAUUUUAAAAUGUUAAGAAGUGAAAAAUGAAAGAUACCUUCAUUGCUUUAUCCGGUAAACACUUUUUUAAAGGAUGUUUACCUCAGCCAGUAGGCAAGUAUUUGGUGUAAAACAGGUUGGUCUUUCAUUGUUGCAACUCUUUAGCUAGUAAAGAUAUUCUCGUAAAUGUUUUUUUCUGAUUGUAAUUAAUUUUUGAAAGUGUAGAAAGCUCAUUAUUUCCUGUUAAGUAUUCAGGAUGCCUGCUUUUUUUUAUGCAUUUGUGGAAAGAAUGUAAGAUGUUUUAAUAUAUUCUUUGUUAAUCUGAGACCUUGUUAUUGAAUCCUUUUCUUCACUUGGGCUGGGAGGGAGUGACCCCGUAAAAACCGUGUGUUUUAUCAAAGCAAGCUUUGGAGGUAACCAACAGCGUGCGCUUUUUAAUAGUGUUCAUAUUUCAAGGUCAACAGACUAUUCACCUUCAAAAUAGUUCGUAAGCAUUUAUACUUUUAUCAAAAUUCACACCUCGCCGUUGGACAGUGAUGUUCUGAUGUGGGAGAAGCGUGGCCCGGCUCUCUGGCGCGGGUGACCACCGCAUGUCUCCUUCUCUGGAAAUGGCCCAGCCCUCCCUGGGGGUCACCUGCUCCCCACGACAACCCCCGCCCCCCCCCACCCCGGUGCUGAGGAGAGUGGAGACUGGGGCACGAGCAGGCUGUGCCCUGCGGGUGAGGGUGCCCUUGGCUGCAGGCCCACGGGACGGCGGGGAGGGGCAGGCGGGAGGGCCCCGGGGUAGCCUGCACCCCUCAAGCUGUUGUCACUGCCAGAACUGCAGGAGGUCAGGUUGCAUUUUCUUAUCACAGACGUAGUCCAGGUCAUUCAUAACAGGUGUCUUUAAAUUGCACUAAUUAAUAUUGGAAUAUUUCCAGUCAGUUUAUCGAUUUCUGAUGUCUCGAUGCUUUUUGCAGUAAUUGUGAAAGGUGUCACCGAUUUAAAUAAUGUAACCUAUUUUUUAAUGAGUCCUUUAACACUGGCUUUUUGUAAGAUUUAAAAAUAGGUUUUUCUCUUGUGGCUUUAGCACUUUAAGAAGUUUGAUGUUUGCAUAAUUUUUGAUAUGUCUGUUCAGUGCUUCUCAGUGUGUUGUCUGGCCUAAGGCGCUUCCUCGUGACGGGGAGCAAACUUGAUUCUGGGCAAGAAUAAAUGACAGGUUUUUAAAAGUUUCCUUUUCGAGAUAGUUGUUUGGGAACCAAAGUGUUAUACUAUGAACCAUUUAGAUAACUGAAUACAGUGCUCUUCUGUCCUUUAUUGGUGCCGUCAGAUUUUCCACGACGUGAUCCUUGGUUCGCACUAAUUUUCAAAAGGCGAUAUUGACAUUAAUCCCAAGACUGUUUCAAAUUUUUCAUUGAUUAAUGCCUAUUGUUAAAAGAAAAACAAAUGUGAUUUUAUAACUGUAUAUUUUGUUGCCUUAGCAGAGUAAAUCAUUGUUCAAUUAUGUUUAGGAAUAAGUUUUUUGGACUGAAAAUUCAUAGUAAAAUAGGAUUUUUAUCCAAUGUUAAUCCAUUGCUUAUUUGUAUCCGAUUCUACUGUCUGUUUACUUUGCUUAAAUCUUGACUAAGAGCAAUUGGAGUCAAUAAAUUUGUACUGUAUUUUGU